AUGUCUUUCAGAAUGACUGCGUUCGGCAGCAACUCGUCAUACAUCAUUCCACCACCGGCGCCGCCAUCAGCUUGGCAACAGUUCCGAGAUCGACCUUAUCUCUUCCUCGCCCGCAAGCUCUAUUCAUGGCGACCAGUCAACCUCCCUCUAUUGCCUGAAAACCCCGUAUCUAUAGUCUGCAUCUCAAACACCUACAGACAGCGAUCAAAUAUACCGCGAGGCGACAUUCUGAUCCACGCUGGCGAUUUGACAUCAGAUGGAUCGCUCGCCGAGCUCCAGAUCACGCUGAAUUGGCUCCAAGCCCAGCCUCACCCCAUCAAGAUUGUUGUUGCGGGUAGAUCUGACCGGUAUCUUGAUAAAAUGAAGAGGGGAACUCGUCGCUGGAGAGUUGAAGAUCUCGAGAGUGUAUACUGGGGCGACAUCAUCUAUCUGGAGCACCAGCAUGUCGUUGUGACCUGUUGGAAUGGACGCCAACUCCGCAUCUAUGGAAGCCCAUACUCACCAAUGACCAUUCCUUCCUCGGCUUUCCAGUACCCCAACUCUGAUAACAUUUGGGACCGAAUCCCCGACAAUAUCGACGUUCUCAUCACUCACACACCACCAUACACGCAUCGCGACUCUCUCAGAGGCUGCCCGCAAUUGUUGAAUGAGAUUUGGAGGGAUCCUCCUCAUCUGCAUGUCUUUGGGUGCGCUCUCGAGAAUUAUGGAAUUGAAUUUUUGCACUAUGAUGCUCUUCAGGAGGCCAUGGAGAAUAUUGAGGCUGAGGGUGGGGGAUUCUUCAAUCUUCUGAUGGUAAUCAAAGGGUUUGUACAGUCAUUUUUUCGUCCUGAUAUCAAAGCCAAGUCUCUACUUGUCAAUGCAUGCAUGAACGGAGGAUUGUGGAAUCUUGAACGCGAACCGAUCACGGUAAUCAUGUGA